UUCUCCUUCUCUGUUUAGCCCGAAGCGUACAGAGACAAAGAGCCCAGUCUCCACUCUCCACCGUCUGCUUCUCCCCACCUUUCAGCUAUCCACCAUUUUCCGAUUACAGGUCAGACAAUCAUGAGCUCUUUUCCCUAGUUUGGUAUUGUUUAGUCUUCACCCAGAUGGAAGUCUUUUUUAUCUGCGUUCUGGAUUAGCAUCCACAGAAACUAAAUCCAAUGGAGGGAUCACAAAGUCCAUUGAUUAAUUUUGAUAAUCCAGAAUCCACCUACUCUAAUAAUACUGGAAACGUUCAGUUUUAUGUGAAUGGAAUUCGUGGUUUGGCUGGUGGUGUCCAGGGACUGAAGAAGAGAGGUGAGGGAAUUCGUGGUUGGCCUGGUGGUAUCGAGGGUCUGAAGAAGAGAGGUCAUGGAAAUCGGUCUUGGAUAAAGAUUGAUACAAUAGGGGACUCAAAGAUUUUGGAGCUUGACAAGGCUACUAUUAUGAGACAUUGUUCUUUGCCUGCCAGAGAUCUCCGACUUUUGGACCCUUUGUUCAUUUAUCCUUCUACAAUUUUAGGAAGGGAGAAAGCUAUUGUUGUUAGUCUUGAACAGAUAAGGUGUAUAAUCACAGCUGAAGAAGUUAUCCUCAUGAACUCCCUGGAUCGAUGUGUUCUUCAGUACAAUUCUGAAUUAUGCAAACGUCUUGAUCAGGCAAACAAGGAUCAAUCUGAUGACUUGCCCUUCGAAUUCAGAGCACUGGAGCUGGCGUUGGAACUAACUUGCAUUUCUCUGGAAGCUCAGGUAAAAGAACUGGAACUGGAGAUAUACCCUGUACUGGAUGAACUAGCAACAUCCAUUAACACUCUAAAUCUAGAACGUGUCCGUAGACUCAAAGGUCACCUCCUUGCCUUGACACAACGAGUGCAGAAGGUCCGUGAUGAAAUAGAACAACUCAUGGAUGACGAUGGUGACAUGGCUGAGAUGUACCUGACUGAGAAGAAACAAAGGUCGGCGUGUUUUCCCUCAAGUGACCUUGGUUCUCUAACUAACUCCUCGGGUGACGAAAAAGUGGUUUCCAAGUCUGCUCCAAUUUCACCAGUAGGGUCUAUCAGUGGAUCACAAAAUUUGCAAAGGGCUCUUAGCACUGUGAAUUCAAGCAGGACUGGAAGCUUAAUUAGUUCAUCUUACAGUGAAAACAUUGAUCAACUAGAAAUGCUGCUUGAAGCAUACUUUGUUGUCAUUGACCAUACUCUCAGCAAAUUAUUAUCGCUGAAAGAAUACAUUGACGAUACUGAAGAUUUUAUUAACAUCAAGCUGGGCAAUGUUCAGAACCAUCUGAUAAAAUUUGAGUUGCUUCUUACAGCAGCAACCUUCGUGGCUACAAUGUUUGCUUCUGUUACAGCAGUAUUUGGAAUGAACUUUGCAGCCUCUGUUUUUGAGAAUCCAUCUACGUUCAGUUGGGUUUUGAUUAUAUGUGGUCUUGUCUGUGGGUUCUUGUACUUCGCUUUCCUGAUUUAUUGUAGGCGCAAAAGGAUCUUCCCAUUGUAACAGAGCAAAUUGCUUCAUUGAAAUGAAGACUCAGAUUCUGUACAGCGAAAUUGGUUUUUGCA